AUGGGCUCUACUGGCUGGCCUGAAGCAGCAACACGAGCCAUGUUGAUUCUUAGUUGGAAUUUUCAGGGGAUGGAGCGACCCCUAACAGUCCAGAUCCUUAAAGGGUUGAUCUCAACUCAUUGCCCCACAGUGGUUUUUCUCAUGGAAACUAAAAAUAAAGCUGCAAGAGGAGUGGUGUCUCCCCCUGACAGAGUGUGCAGUUGGGCUGUUGCUUUGGUGUAUGCUCCUCCUCAAAGAGGAAAUCACAGGGGAAUUUGGGGCCAGUUUAAGAGGAUGGUUUCAGGGAUUAAAUACCCUCUUUUAUGUAUUGGAGAUUUUAACGAGAUAAGGGCCAGUGGGGAAAAGCAAGGAGGAGUGGAAUGUUGCAUGAGUCAACUUCAGUUUUUUGUAGAGUUAUUAUCGGACUAUGCUCUCAUGGAUUUGGAAUUUAAUGGCGCCUUGUAUACGUGGUCUAAUAAUCAAUUGGGUGAGGAUAAUAUUCGCGAGAGACUAGAUAGAGCGGUGGCUACAGUCGAUUGGAGAGCUCUCUACUCUUGCGCCUAA